UCCAAUCGGGACUGUGUCCGAUUGGGAAAUACUACUGUGUCCAAUCGCUUAUGUGCGCAAUCGGGACAGUCCUGACAGACACACUGGCGAACGAUGUGAGGAUUUUCUUCUUUCUACAAAACAAAAUUGCGGGAAUUAAAAAUCCAAUUUGGAGUAGAAAUAGCCUCGUCUGUCCAAAGAAUUUGCUUACUAAAUUCUAAAUUCCGCCAACAUUGUGCGAGAAGUCUUGUGUGUAUUUUGCUAAUCUUUAAUAUGUAUAUUAUAAAAACAUUGUGUAUAAAAUACAAAUGAGUAAAAUACCUUUACGAAAAUAAAUUCGUUUUUCUCGAUCUCUUGCAAGCAGUUGUUGGACUCGUUGGUAAUGGAACGGAUGUAAUUUGUUCUGUCCUAAGACAUGAUGUACGGUGUGUAAUCCAAUUGCCAAUCCGUAAUAGAUCAUUAUAUACAAAUUUUUUAAUUGUUUCACCGUAAUAAAAGCUCUUUUCAUUAUCGCAAAUUAGAUUAUAAAACUUUUUCGAUUUUCGCUCAUUUUAUCUUUUCUUUCCCAGACGAGAUCGACAUUCGGGGUACAAUACAAUUUUGGGGUGUGUACAACGGGCAAGAGAAACAGGAUCCCUUCAUGUUCAAGACGAUGAGAGAAUCUUGCAGGUUUUUGAUGAGAACUCAAGAAACAGUGUGCGUCGUGUAACUCGUGAGUUAGGCUACUCAAAAGUCACCGUACAUCGUGCCUUACGACAGAACAAAUUACAUCCGUUUCAUUACCAACGAGUCCAACAACUGCUUGUAAGAAAUCGAGAACAACGAAUUUAUUUUUGUGAAGGUAUUUUUCUUAUUCGUAUUUUAUAUACAAUGUUUUUAUAAUAUAUUAACAAUUGGCAAAAUACACACAGGGCUUCUCGCACAAUGUCGGCGGAAUUUAAAAUUUAGUAAACGAAUUCUUUGGACAGACGAGGCUAUUUUUAAUUCAAAUGGGAUUUUUAACUCCCGCAAUUUUGUUUUGUGGAAAGACAAAAAUCUUCAUGCCGUUCGCGUCCUUCAGUAUCGCUGGGCGAUACAUGUAUGGGCAGGAAUAAUCGCGAACAGAGUGGUGAGUAGUCAUGUGUAUUAAAUAAUUUCUUUCCGUGGCUUCCUUUAAACGUUUUUGGCGGCGGUUUUUAGAUUGGCCCAUACUUUUUACCGCCACGACUUAAUGGAGAAAUAUACGCGGAUUUCCUCGAAAAUCAAUUGCCACUGCUCCUCGAGGAUAUUCCUCUCGCCAUACGAGCAGAAUUAAUAUACCAACAAGACGGAGCUCCUGCGCAUUUUUCCCAUCAAGCACGACGAGUACUAAAUGCGUCUUUUCCUAAAAGAUGGAUGGGUCGUGGAGGUCCUAUUAAUUGGCCAGCACGGUCGCCAGACCUCAACGUAUUAGAUUUCUUUGUAUGGAGUCACAUUAAGACCUUAAUUGAGCACUGGUGUGAUGGUACAGAAAAUAAAGUACGCGAAGCUAUUGCAGCAGCUUUUAAUACUAUCACGCCAGAAAUGGCGCAUCGUGCGACAAGCAGUGUUGUUCGGAGAGCUGAACUAUGCGUUCAACAACGAGGUGGCCACUUUGAACAACUUUUGCAUUUGCAAAAUGAGAAUGGAUUAUUGUGGGAAAACCACUUAAAAAAACGCGCCAUGCUAUCUACCGCAAUGUGGUGA